CGCAGGAGGAGCGGUGUUUGUGGUUUGACGUCACGGGGGGCCGGGCCUCGGCCAGGCUGAGCGCACACAGAGCGGCGCCAUGCAUUACCCUCGCACCGACAGCUAGUGAGCAGAAAUGCCUCCCGAGGAACUCGACCCAGCCCAAAAUGCACGUCCCAAGGCCCACGUUGUUGUACUACUCCACUCAUACAAGAUGUAAAACGGGAGUGGGUGGGCGAGAUGACGAAGUUUUGACUCCUAGUUUUCCGUUUCGCUCGGUGUAGCGUGGCAGAGGCAGUGGAUCGCUCCCAAAGUUGUCGGUUACAGGGCGCGUGGAAAGAUUCGGAGUUAAAGGCGCAGCGCUCCCCUCGCACGGCCGACAUGGAGAAGCCGCAGAGCGACCUGGAGCGAGACCGGCAGUACUGUGAACUUUGCGGGAAAAUGGAGAACCUCCUCAAGUGCGGCCGGUGCCGGAGCUCCUUCUACUGCAGCAAGGAGCACCAGAAGCAGCACUGGAAGAAGCACAAGCUCAUUUGCAAGGAGGCGGACAGGGCGCAGCUUCCCAAACAGAAGCCCGAGCAGGCGCCGCCGUCGGACGCGGACAAGGCGCCGGACAAAAGCCGGGAGACGGAGCAGCGCGAGCCGGCGGAGCGCGCGCCGACUCCGAAUUCAACGGCGCCCGCGACCGGCGACAAACCGGGGGAGGACGUGUCCGCCAACGGCGCCACACCUAACGGACAAACCGGCUCGUCCCCGCAGAAACUCGCCGUGGAGUACGUGGUGCCGUGUAUGAGCAAGCACGGCAUAUGCGUGGUCAACAGCUUCCUGGGCGCAGAGACGGGGCUGGGCGUGUUGGAGAACGUCAAAGCCCUCCACAAAACGGGCAGGUUCACGGACGGACAGCUGGUGAGCCAAAAGAGCGACUCCUCCAAAGACAUCCGCGGGGACAAAAUCACGUGGAUAGAGGGGGGGGAGGCCGGCUGCGAGAAGAUCCGCUUCCUCAUGAGCCGCAUGGACGACCUGAUCAGACACUGUAACGGCAGGCUGGGAAACUACACGAUAAACGGCAGGACAAAAGCAAUGGUGGCGUGUUACCCUGGAAACGGGACAGGAUAUGUGCGCCACGUGGAUAAUCCCAACGGCGAUGGACGGUGUGUCACAUGCAUAUAUUACCUUAAUAAAGAUUGGAAUGCCAAGGAACACGGUGGCCUCCUUCGGAUCUUCCCAGAAGGAAAGGCUCAGUUCGCCGACAUAGAGCCAGAAUUCGACCGUCUGCUCCUGUUCUGGUCGGACAGGCGGAACCCGCACGAGGUUCAGCCCGCCUUCUGCACCAGGUAUGCCAUCACAGUGUGGUAUUUUGACGCAGACGAGCGCGCCAGAGCGAAAGAAAAGUACUUAACGGGUGCGGGAGAGAAAGGCGUAAAGGUUGAACUCGGCAAACCAACAGAUUCCAGCUAGUGGGAAGCAUGUAUUUCUUACAAACUGCCAUUAAGUGCUCUGUCCUAAGAAAGUGGCCUAUAGAGAGCGUGUGUGUGUGUUUUACAGGGCAAAAAAAAGCAGACUUUGCUUGAGUGUGUGGAAAAAUCCAUGAUCUUGGAGAAAAACAAAGUGAUUUUUGUUUUCCAGCGAACCUGUGCGGCCCAGCAGACCUCGAAUGUCAUGACAUUGUACUGAAAGGGAUCGUGUGUGUGCGCGCGUGCGUGUGUGCACGCGUGCGUGUGUGUUUUCCUUUCACCUCUCAGGUGGUGAACUCUUACGCUACAGCUACAGACAUUUUCAGAAAUUCGUGUCAAACGGGAAUUAAGCUCAGAGAACUGAAGUCUUUUACAUAUUGGUUUUUGCUGUUAACUCCUGAAAGGUACAGUGCUCUGCAUAUGCUUAAUGUGUUAUGCUUUUCACAUUGAAUCAGCUGUUAUAAGCUAUUGUAUGGCAACAUGUGCUUGCAAUAAUAUGUGGACUGGUCUGAAUUAAAAGUUCCCCUUUUUUGACAGAACUUAAUUGGUCUUAGUUUGAGUUCAUUCAUCUGCUGUAGAGUAGAUGCCAAAGUUGCCACCAGUGGUCUUGCUGUUCCUCCUCCCUUUUACACACGUUGCAUUGUCUGUGGACCGACCCGAGGUCCAGGGACACAGAGCUACUGCCCUCCCUGCUGUUGCCCACGCUCUGCGGUCACUGCUGCCCCCUGCAGGACACCGGGGGUACUGCACCCCCUGCUCCCAUGCUUGGAUCCCAUUUCAAAGCAAAGUUUUUGUUAAAGCGCAAUCAUGAAGAAAUUUACAAUAAUUGUGAUUCUUGAAACACAAACUUAGAUAAUACCAAAAUAUUUUACAAGAUCAAUUACAGUAAUCAAGUAACUUGCACUUAAAUUAUUCUGUAAAUGAUUUUUCUGGAUUGAAUCAGUGUUCUGCUUCAUGCACCAGUGUUUGCAUUUUCAUAUAUUCAGACUUUAAUUUAUAAAUGGUUUUAUAUUAUUUGUACUGGACGACAAGAGCCUGUCAACGCUCUGGUAAAACACAUACAAUCUGAUUAGUAACAUUUUAAAACAAGUACAGCUGUUGUCCAAGACAAUCUACGGACUAAAGCCUCACAAGAGCAUCAAUGACUCUUAGUAAAUCAAUACUCUGUAAAGUUCCAUGGUACAUAAUGUGUUUAGUGCUUUUAGAAUGCAGCCACCUCUGAAAACCGUUCAUCAAUAAAAUGGGGAGUGUAAAGCA